UGCUUCGACCGUGUGAAGAUGGGCUUUGUCAUGGGUUGCGCCGUGGGCAUGGCGGCCGGGGCGCUGUUCGGCACCUUCUCCUGUCUCAGGAUCGGAAUGCGGGGUCGGGAACUGAUGGGCGGCAUUGGGAAAACCAUGAUGCAGAGUGGCGGCACCUUUGGGACAUUCAUGGCCAUCGGAAUGGGCAUACGAUGCUAAUCAGGGCAGUGAUUGCCUGCUACAUCUAUACUUUGCCAUCCAUUUCGACCCUUGUACAAUA